UUGUGUGGUGUUACAUUUUCAGUGUAAUUCCUAAUAGUGUUACAGUGUUAAAAUAAAAGUGUACAUUUAGUGAAAUUAGCACCGGCUUGUGUGAAAUGGCGCCCCAAAGUGGUGUUAUAUUUUGGUGCUUCAUUUACAAACGCCUGUGCAGUGUUAAUUGUACAUACGGGAACUUCACAUAAUUGAGACAAUGCAGUCCGCAUUUGAGGAUCAAGUCAGUUCGAAAAAAUGGCGGCUCUGUCGGUGGACUUAUGCAAUUGAAAGCGAAGACAAAAACAAGGUAAGAUUUAGAAUUUUAUUUUUUGUUAUAUUUGAUUUCAUAAAUUGUAUUAAUAUACUGUUUUAACAUUUAACGUUACUAUAAGCUGUGUCUGUGAGCAAGGUAGCAUGCAUAAUCAUUCCUUAGAGUCACAUUAAAAGCCCCAGGUGUUGUAAUUUUUAUUUAAUGGCAGCAUUUUUUUAAACAUACUUUAAUGUAAGAUGGUUUAACUUAUAAACGUAUGGUAUGGUUUUAACUUUCGCUUUGAAUAAUAUUACACGUUGAAAACGUGCUUUAACCAUAGAGAAACUGGCAUUUCGAACUGGCAAAACUACAGUAGCAACGAAAACGCGUUAUAUGUAUGGUUCUAAGCUAUUUUUUUAUUUAAUCUAAUUAAUUUAAUUUUUAUAAGAUUUUUGGCGCGGAGAUGUACACUGGCUCAGUGCUUAUUACACGUUGAAAACGUGCUUUAACCAUAGAGAAACUGGCAUUUCGAACUGGCAAAACUACAGUAGCAACGAAAACGCGUUAUAUGUAUGGUUCUAAGCUAUUUUUUUUAUUUAAUCUAAUUAAUUACAUUUUUAUAAGAUUUUUGGCGCGGACAUGUACACUGGCUCAGUGCUUAUUUUACAUACGGGAAGUUUCCGUAGCCACAGUGUUCAUUCGUAAACAGGGCUUGAAGCAGAGCAGACGGUUAUGCUAGUUGUCCUUUGGCACAUGGCGUUCAAGUUAAUUAAUGGAAGUUUAGGGCAAAGCAAGUAAUCGAAGUGACCGACAGAAUGCUGUUUAAAGUGCAGUACCAACAUCAUAAAAAGUACAUAAAGCAUAAUGGAUCAGCAUAUGAUGACUUGAUUAAGGAUGUCAAGCAAAAAUUUGGGAUCUCUCCAGAUCAUAACAUCUAUUUAGCCGACGAGACUGGAACAGAAGUAGAUGAAGAUGUUUUUGCAGACAUUAUUGAGCAAAAGCCUGACACUCUUUGGACGAUAGUUGAUGCUGUGGCUAUUACAGAUCCUCCUGCCAACAUAACCUCUCCAUCUGCAAACGAGACUGAAACGCUGUCACUUCAUUCAGUUGCAUCUUCAUCAGACACACAGCCAUCAGACAGCGACGGUCCUUUCCUCUCACCUAAAAGAGCUCGUUCUGUUGACCAUUCACAAGAAGCUAAGGAGCUUGUGAAAAGUGUUUUAGAAAAAAAGCCUGCAGGAGAGAAGAUAUUUCAGGAAUACAGAAAAACAGGGAAAAUCACAGAUUCCACAAGACGAAUUCUUGUUAAUGCACUGGUUGGAGACAUGAUUGAUAAACAUGGGUGUAUUCCACCUAAGGAGGUCAGGGUUAAAUAUGCAGUUGGGAUUGUGACACUGUUCCCCUCCCUCAAGGAUCCUUAUUCUAGACAAGGCUAUGAACACUUCUACGAUGCAGAAGGUAAUUCGGGGUACAUAGCCUGGAGACUUAAAACGGUUCAACGUAACAACCGCUGCAGCAGGACCACUACUUCAGAGGCCACUUGUGAAAGAAGGGGACCUGGAACUCAAAGAGCAUUUUUUACAUCAGAAAUGCAGCUGGAGGGAGCACGUUGUCAAGAAGCUAUUUCAUUUCUGAAACACUGUUUGGAUCCAGAGCAAGUGGCUGCAAAGAUGAAAUCUACCUUUCAGUAUCGCCAGAAAAUGAUCCAUGAUCCUGAAAAGUCAUCCUCUGUUAUUUCUUUAUUUCCGAGGUUUCUUGACACAAAAGGACUGGUGCUGCAAGACUUUGAGUUAUUGUUUGGAGUGGAGACUGCAUCUAAGCUUCUGGAGAAGUGGGACUCUUGUCUGAAACAAAAAGUCAUUCAAGAAGCCAAAGCCCUGACCCAGUCACUGCAUCUGAGUUGUCUGAUUCAGUCGGCAGAACUGCAAUGCAACACCAGUCAUGGAGCUACAGAUUGGGACAGUGAGAUGUCGUCCCUCUUAUUGCUGGUGUAUCUCCUACCACCACCUUCUAGUGGAAAUAAGAAGGUUGUCAAGAUCAGUGUGCGUGAAGCUGUAGACCGUGUAGUAAAAUUUCAUAAGUCCUGUUGCAGUUUUGAAGAAGUUCUUGGAUCAACACAGACAACACAGCCCUACAUCUUGGCAGUUGGGACUUCGAAGAGUAGCAUCCAUGAGUACUACAUUGUGUUGGAUGGGCAGCUCAUUCCCUGCAUGGCUAAGUCCUCUCUCUCAGCCUUUGAUGAACUUUUCAAAACUCAUUAUGUGUUUGGCAUUUCAUAUGAUGCUGCUUUGCACAAUAUGUUUACCUUUCUUCAAACAACCAUCUACAACAUUGAUGUAGGCAUUACCCAUGAAAGCCCUCGAAUCGGAGAUCUUCGGGCCAAGGUUCUUAAUUAAGUACUGUUGCAAAGUUUUCUUGAGAAGAUGUUUAGGUGCUUUUAAAAAAAAAUAAAAAAAUUUUUUUUUUUUUAAAAAGUAUUAAAAAUUUCAAAAAUAUUACUAAGUCAUUAGCUCUAAAACAUCAGAUGUCUAUUGCAUACCACUGGGAAUCUCAGCCAUUUAAGUGUAUUGAGUGUGGACCUGUAUCAAGCGUUCAGCUUUGUAGCCUGUUAAACUGUGAAUUGAUUGCAGAAAAACUGCAAAUCGACAUUGAUUGUUAUGUUGAUCUUUUUACUUGGAUUUCUUGUUUUGGGACAGAAUACCGUUCAGGUCUUCUUGUUUGUUCAGAUAUGAAAGAUGAUCUUCCUGUCUUCAGUAAGAUUACUGAUAUAAUUGGAUUUGAUGGUCAACAUUUUUUGUUGACUUGUGAUUUUGAGACUUUAUGCUUUGUUGAACAUCUACACUCAUUUCAAGUCCAAGAGGGGCUUUGUAGGAAUGUCUCUAUUUUGAAUGUGGAAACCUUGCGUUUCUUUAAGCCGUUUGACCUUCAAACAUCUUAUGGAUUUCAGCAAAAUGACCUUUAUAUUGUUCCUAUACAUGUUUUUAUAUAAAGGCCUUCAUUUUAGACAGUGCUUUUGUGCUCCGGUCUUGUUUGGAUGUACCUUUUUAAGUAAAGUUGUAGACCUUCACAAAUCUUAAUCCCUCUACAGUUUUAUAUAUGUUGAAAAUGUGAAAUUGCACACAAAACAUGGACAGUCAUAUAAAAUGAAUUAACUUUAAUGCUUUGUUGAACUAAUGUGUUUGUUCCCAGUAUUUAGUAAACAUGCUGUACUGAAUGUAUUUGUGAAAACCAGUUACAAACUGAUUCUUGGAAAAAAAUAAAUAUUGAUUGUUUUAAAAA